AUGGGAAUAAUUGGAUGCAUGGAGUGCGGGUCUGUUCACAGGAAUACACAGCAGUACGCACAUCACAUAAAACUCACAAAGCAUGAGAAGGUAGACCAGAUGAUGUGGUAUGUUGCAAGAAUAGGAAAGAAUGAGGGCGUGUUUGUGCAGGCUGCCAUUCAGGAGAUUGGGUGGAUUCCUUUUUACACUGUGCAGGAGAAUGAGACAGAAACAGUCUUGCAUAUAUGCACAGCAGAGACAGAAAAUAUUUCACUGCUGCUGGAUAGAAGGGAAAUUUGUGAAGAAAGAACCUUUGACUAUUUUGAUGCAGAACUAUCCAUAUAUACAGUUCAUCUGCAGUUUAGAGCACACUGCAGGACAAAGAGAAAGUAG